GGGAUUCUGGGCUAGUCACAGCUAUACCGCGAAAGAGCCACCAUGCCGAACAUUAAGCUCUACACGGCGACUCUGAGCCCACCGGGGCGGGCAGUCGAGUUGACGGCGCAUUUGCUUGGAUUGCCGCUCGAUAUUGUUUCAAUCGACCUGAUGGCAGGUGAUCAUCGAACAGCCGAAUUCCUGAAGCUGAACCCUCAGCAUACGAUCCCCGUGAUCGCCGAUGGUGGCAUCGUUCUCCGUGAUAGUCAUGCGAUCAUCAUCUACCUCGUGCAGAAGUACGGGAAGAAGGAACACUCCCACCUCUACCCAGAGGAUCCGGUCACUAGGGCAAAAAUCAACGCUGCGCUACACUUCGACUCCGGCGUGCUGUUCUCGCGGCUGAGAUUCUACUUCGAACCAAUCCUUUACGGUGGAUCCUCGGAAUUGCCCCAGCACAAGAUCGAUUACCUGAAGAAGGGCUACGAAUUGCUGAACGAUGCCCUGGUGGACGACUAUAUCGUCGGGAACACACUAACGUUGGCCGAUCUAAGCUGCAUCGCGACGAUUGCCACAAUGGAAGCCUUUUUCCCGAUGGGCGAUCGUGCCAACUACCGGAAGCUAGUCGCCUGGAUCGAUCGGAUGAGCCGGCUGCCUGAUUACGAUCGGCUCAAUCAGCAGGGUGCGGUCGAGUUUUCCGAAAUGUGUGAGUCUUUACGACUGGACAAUGCGGCCAAAGGGAAGUAAAGAGCAUGGCCGCCAGAACAUUCAAUAAAAUUUU